AUGUCACUAAAGAAAAACAAAGAAUUGACAUUUAGUAUUGAACGAGCUGUUCUUAAUCAAGAAGAAUUUGAUACACAAUUUGGGUAUAUACAAACGGAUUCGAGUUUAAGGAAGAUAUUUAAGCAAACAAAAUGUCGUUUUUUUCAAUGCAGUUUCAUUGAUCAGAUCAAAAAAGCUUUACCAAUAGUGCUUUGGCUUCCAAAAGUAACAACAACAGAUUUUGUUCAAGAUGUUCUUGCCGGUAUUACCGUUGGAAUUUUUAGUGUACCACAGGCUAUGGCAUAUGCUGCAUUGGCAAAUGUAAAUACAGUGGUCGGAUUGUAUACAUCGCUAUUUCCUACAUUGAUAUAUGCAGUGUUUGGCACUUCAAAACACUUAACUCUUGGUAUGUUUGCAGUAGCAGCUUUGAUGACAGGAAACGCCAUUGAACGCAGAAAGCAAGACUUAUUAUCUAAUGGCACUAGUGAUAGUUAUUUAGAAAUGAUAGAUCAUGAUUUGACCAUUGAACUAAUGUCCACUUUAACGUUUACCGUUGGGUUUGUUAUGGUAGUUUUUGCUGUUCUGCAAUUGCACUUCAUUACUGUAUAUUUAUCUGAUCCAGUAAUCGGAGGCUUUACAACUGGUGCAGCAUGUCAUGUACUGGCGUCUCAAAUGCCAAAGUUAGUCGGCAUUCGAAUACCAAUCAGAACUGGCCCAAUGGGUCUCUUCAAAUUACCACUUUUUUUGUACGAUUUUGUGGUUUCUUUGGGAAAAGCUAACUUUUAUGUAUUGAUUAUAUCUUUUACCUCGAUUACUAUUUUAAUGCUGGGAAAAUACAUAAUCAAUCCAUUUGUAAUGCGGAAAAUACGAGUUCCCAUACCUUUUGAAUUAUUUUUGAUGAUAGUUAGUAUUAUAGUAACAUAUAGUCUGCAAAUAAACGAAAAGCAAAAAGUCGCUGUUGUUGGAUUUAUACCACGUAGGUUACCAAAUCCUGCUUUACCAAAAUUAAAACACUUCUUCGCAUUUCUUGUGGAUGCUAUACCAAUUGCUGUGGUAAUUUAUUCCGUAUCAGUCUCUGUUGGAAAAUUAAUUGCGAAAAAACAUGGAUAUCAUAUCAGUUCCAGUCAAGAAUUAAAAGCCUUAGCGCUAUGCCAAUUAGUUGGUGCUUUCCUGUGUUGUCAUCCAGCAAGCGGUAGUUUAUCUCGAGCCCUCGUGAAUUCACAAAUGGGAGCUACAUCCGAGCUUUCGAGCAUCGUUUCUGCACUUGUGGUAUUAUUUGUUAUUUUGGUAAUUGGUCCACUUCUUUACUACUUGCCUUCGUGUGUACUGGCCUCUAUAAUCACAGUGGCUUUGCAAGGUAUGUUUCUCAAAGUCAGAGAGACCUUUCAAUUUUGGCAAGUCGCAAAAAUUGACUUGCUUAUUUGGUCAGUGAGUUUCUUGGGCACAUUUUUUUGGAAUGUUAGUGAAGGACUUGGUAUAGCAAUUGUAUUUGCUGCCAUAACUGUCAUUAUUCGAACACAGCGGCCGAAAUCUGCAGUACUUGGUAAUAUACAAGAUACUGAAUUAUACAGAGAUAUCAAUCGCUAUAAAGCUUCUAUCGUAUCAUCCAACAUAGCAAUCUAUCGCUUCGAUGCACCGUUGCUUUUCCUGAACAGUGAAAUAUUUCUCAGAAAGGCAAUGAGUAUUGUUGAUGAGAAAUCAAAAAUGUUAAGUGACGAUGAACAGUUAUCCUUAGUUAUUGAUGCUUCUGGUUUUACGUAUAUGGAUUAUACAGGAGUUGAAAAGCUGAGGGAUUUAUGGCAUGAACUGAGAAUUCGUAAUGUCAUAAUGUUCGUAGCUGCGUCCAAAGCUGCAGCUCGAACAUUAUUUGCGAAAUGUGACAUCUACAAGACUAUUCCUAUACAGCAUUUCUUCCCAUCUGUUCAUGAUGCCGUAUUGUUUGCUAAAACGCUACAGAAGAACCAGAAAAUUAAGCCUCAAGCUGAUAUUAUCAGUCAAUGA